UUUCCUUAAAUGUUUGUGUUUACUUGUUUGUUUACCAGCCCCGAAUUAAUUAAUUAACAAAAUGUCUGUACGUGACUUUAAAUUUGAAAAGCGGCCCGAGUGUCCCUCUCAACGGUUCUUGACGUUUCUCGGCUCACACGUCACUGCCGUCGCUCGAGACUCGCGCACGUUAUGAACUGCGCUGGAUUUGGGAUGUAAGGUUAGCGAAUAGAUGCGUCGUUCGUCGGACCAGCUUUUAUUCUGCUCGAAGCCUUGCUGAACGUAGCUGCGAACGCGGAGGAAGAGAGAAAGACGACGCGACAGCAGCAGGAUGAAUGAGUCCGAGGGACUGCGGUUCAGGAGGUUGAACAGACCUCAGAUAAUUACAGACGAAACCCAUGAACCACAGUACAAAACCACGAGCACUUACAGCGGGAAGGUGUUUCGUGUGACCUUACUGACGCUGGUGGCUUUCCUGUUCUUCCCGCUGCUGGUGGUGGUCUUCCUGUUGGAGUCCCCCAUCCAGCCGGAGGUGUUCAGUCUCGGCGAGCCGCCUCUGAUGACCGGCUGUUACGAGCCCAACCUAAAGCUCAGGCAGGCAGAGCGGCUGUUUGAGGAGCGUCUUGUCGGCCCAGAGUCCCUCGCUAACAUCGGAGAUGUUUUGUACACUGGGACCGCUGACGGAAAGAUUGUCAAAAUCGAGGGACGGAGCAUUCAUGUGUUAACAACACUUGGCAGGCCACCGUGUGGCUCUCGAGAGUAUGAACACACUUGUGGACGUCCCCUGGGAAUCCGCGUGGGGCCCAACGGCACCUUGUUUGUAUCCGAUGCCUAUUUGGGACUGUUUGAGGUCAAUCCUGUCACAGGUGAGGUUAAGUCUCUGGUGAGCACAGGGAAGAUGGUUGGAGGUCGCCGCCUGGGCUUUGUCAAUGAUCUGGAUGUAACUCAGGAUGGGAAGAAGCUGUACUUCACCGACUCCAGCAGCAGAUGGCAGCGCAGGGACUUCAUGCACCUGAUCAUGGAAGCCACGGCAGAUGGACGCGUUCUUGAGUAUGACAUGGAGACUAAGGAGGUGACUGUAAUGAUGGAGAACCUGAGGUUUCCCAACGGCAUCCAGCUCUUCCCUGAUGAGGAGUCUGUUCUGGUGGCCGAAACCACAAUGGCCAGAAUAAGGAGAGUUCAUGUGUCUGGUCUCAAUAAAGGAGGUAUGGAUACAUUUAUAGACAACCUCCCUGGCUUUCCUGACAACAUUCGGCGCAGUUCUUCAGGUGGAUACUGGGUUGCCAUGUCAGCGGUGCGACCUAACCCUGGCUUCUCCAUGCUUGACUUCCUGUCUCAGAGACCCUGGUUAAAGAAGCUCAUAUUUAAGCUCUUCAGUCAGGACACCCUGUUGAAGUUCGUGCCGCGCUACAGUCUGGUGGUGGAGCUGCAGGACGGAGGGACGUGCGUGCGCAGCUUCCACGACCCGCACGGCAUGGUGGCGGCCUACGUCAGCGAGGCGCACGAGUACGACGGCCACCUGUACCUGGGCUCCUUCCGCUCGCCGUAUCUGUGCAAGCUGGAUCUGAGCAAAGUGUGAAGCGCGCCACGAGCCCGACAGAUGCUCUGCUCGAGUCAUUUCACCCUGGUUUCCAAACUAACAGAUUUCCAAGCAAUUAACGUUGGCAAACAUCAACAAGAACACUUAUUAGCAUCUUCCAUAUUAUAGUCAACACUGAACAAACGGAGCCCCUUCAUUCGAUGACCCUUUUCUUCAUUUAGCUCUGGCAGACGCCUCUAUUUUUGUUCCAUUAACCCAUGUGGGUAACUUUCUUUUUUUAGAGAUGCGUGGUGCAUAAUAAGCUCUCUGGCAGGCUGUUUCUUAUAUCAAAAGAUGUGCCAUUACUAUUUUCGUUUCUCCCCCUUGUGACAGAGAUUAUGCAGUUUCUGUACUUGUUUUAUUUGCACCAAAUGUCGUCUGGCUCUUAAAAUAGAGCUGCCGAAGGUUUUUUUUUUUUUUUUUUUUUUUAAGGCGCUGUGAUACGAAACAAGACGACUGGUAAAAACUCUAAUAAUUCCUGUGGGUGGAUGCAUAGAGAUGCUGUUCGGGGGAAGCGAAAGGGUAUCUUCAUUUCACUAUAAAAGAAUCUCCACACAACUAUAAUUAACUCCGGCUUUAAAAACAUCUGAAUGUUUUGGUUUAUUUUUUAAUUGAGUGGUUGUUCUUACGUGUCAUCAUUAUUUGUAUAUGUUGCUGAAAUGAGAUAAAUGCUGCUGGCUUUAUAGUAUUUACCGCACCUUUACACACAUGUGUUUUCCUUUCCUAAUUUUAUGAUGUCUGUAAGAAUGAUCAGCAAUAAUGUCAUAUACGGCAACGGUGGUUCUCAGUCGGUGGAUUGUGGCCACAGUGAGUGGGAAAAAACUGUGCUAAAUGGAAAUAAUAAAUAAAAUUAAUCAGUUAUUCUUGCUUAGGGAAGCAAAAUAAAUGGGAUUCAAGCAAUA